UCACACCUUUUUUUUUUUCACGCAAGACGGCGGAAUUUUCCUGUAUUUUCAAAAUGGCACAUUAUGCUGAUGUUUUGAGGUCAGCUGUUUCUAAAUGUAAGGCAGCAGAUUUGGAGUCACUCUUACGACAGUGGGGGUAUUUAACUGUCAACGAGUUAAAUCAACUAGAUUUUUCCAAAUCGAAAGCAUGCGUGGUUCGAGAAGUUGCAAAAUUGUGCGAAGAAAAAAAUAGAAAGAAAGAAACCUUAGAAAGAGUUAAUGACUUUGACUUGAUGUGUACAGUGAAAUAUCCCACAAAGAGGAGAUGGUCCAUGUACAAACUUAUUGAUAAAAAAGCAGGGACUAAAGAGAAUCAGAUGUCAGAUCCUGUGAAGUUCAGAAAGAAACUUCAUAAACAAAUUGACCUAUAUUUUGAUUCAACAGCCUCAGUGUCAGUGACUUUACAGGACGGUGCUCUGUUCUGUAGGAUUUACAUACAGGCGGGAACCAAUCCAAAAUUCAUGAAUUCUAACACCAUUUACGUGAUACAUUAUCCUCAUUGCCAGAGCAUUGCAAUCUCAGCCUUCAAAGUGUCUAUCCAGAACUUCCUGUUUCAGUGUCUGUCAAACACAUUUGGCUAUCACACAAUGGGAAAUAUGAUGCUGUCGGGACUUCAUUACAAAUCACUUUUUCAGCUGGCUUUUAAUAAAAUAGGCGAGACUUCAUGUGGAAGGCUGAAAGAAGUUCAGAACCUUCCCUUUAUGAGUCGACGCAAGCGUAAAGCAGAAGAAAUGGAAAGAGAACCAAACAUGAGAUCAGAAGAUGAAGCAAUGAAACGUAAACGAUCGCUUAGCUUGGAGGACGCCUUUGGCAGUUAUGAGCAACCAGUUUUGGAAUCACUGCAGUUUAAGGUUGAUGUCAAGUUUAAAGGAAAUAAGAAUCUACAGAACGUACCAGAUAAGGUUGAACAAUUCAGAUGUUGUGUCAAGUUUGAAGGACCUUCAGUUCUCGAGGGAAUUCGUAAUUUAGCAAAGUGUGGGCUAGCAAAUGAACCACUUCCCAAGCAUUUACUGAGAGUGAAUUCACUGGGGAUGAAUAAAUUUGUUCUUAAAAAUAAGGACAAAUCAUGAUUUUACUCUUCAAAAUAUCAACAAAGACAUCAAUAUGUGGUACAAGGUUAUAUUUGGGAUCACAGUUAAUCCAAGGCAUCACAGUGCCUCCAGAAAAUAACAUAAACACAACGGUGGUCAUCGAUGGCUCUGUUCAACAACUAUAACUCUCUUAUAUUAUUCUAUUUUACACUGAUAUUAUAUAAUUAUCAGUUAAAGUAGGUCAGUAUUUUGUUUAUAGGUCACCUGAGUCACUCUGGUAGCCUAUUGUGAUUGGUAGAUGUCCGUCGUGCAUUGACAUUUGGACAUGAUCAACUUCUUCCCUGUAAGUACAUGGCCAUUUUUCAUCUUUGGUGUGGAACGUCUUUGGGGUCAGGGGAAUAGGAAUUGACAAACUGUACAGUCUUAAUGAGAAAGGUUUCUUCUAUUUGGUUAUAGGACAGGGUUUUAUGAAUCCUGUAGUGAAAAGGGUAUUUCUUAAAAUUAAAAACAAAAAUUUAAUUAUUGACAUCAGACAAUGAAACACAAGUACAUAGAAAAAGAAGAUAAGCCAUUUCCAAAGUUGUGAAAUUCAUGGGUCAGGGGUUCUGGUGCUAAGGUAGGGCUUUAUAGUUCAUAUAUUAAUACGUGUAUUGAAAGUGCAGCAUUUCUUUAAAAUGAUUCUUCUGGACAUCAAAGAAUAAAACUGAGUACAUAGUAAUUUUUGUUUUAUAUCAAGCUAUAUACAUUAUAUAUGUAAGUUAUACAGUUUAUGCGAUUUAACUGGAAUGGAUUAAAUAGUAAUCAGGCUUUUUUCUUAUUUAAUCAUUUCUUCUCCGGUCAGAUGGUGAACACACCAUUUCACUUUAUUCAUGAUCACUUAACGUCCCAAUAACAUGAUGACAUGCAGGCUGUUGGCAGGACAUGUUCAGCAAUAAAAGACAGUCAAACAGAAAACGGGGUAGAGAGAACCACUUAGAUCAAUUGAAGGGGAGUAAAAUUUCAUGUUUAACAUAAACUCAUUAUCCAAUAUGACUGUACUGUAGCCAAAAUCCUCAUCUCCCAUGAUGUUUCUAAUAUUUUCUCGUGCGCUUGCUCACAUCCACCAUAAAGUCACUAUGUAUUAGAAAAUAUCCGUUUUCCCCUUGCAUUGAAUAAACCAGUAGUCCUUUGAUACCAGUAUAUAAUUUGUUGAUAUUAUUUUUUAUGGUUUAUCACACUGACAAAAUUUUGGUCUGGUUUUUAACAUUGAACAGAAUACUGUGUAAUAUGGCAUGUGUACCUUUAAAAAUCUUUUCCUACCUGUAUCAGAAGUUUAUGGUCUAGGGCAGAGCUGAUAAGUAAGAGAGAGGUGAUGCAUUUUCGAUCUUUGUGAUGAAAUAAUGUAUACAUGGUUAUGAAGAUUUUGGAAUUGGUGACCCCUGAACUUGUUGCUGGGGCAUUGCAUGUUACUCAGGCAACUGUUAAAGGCCCAUGGGUCUCCUGUUUGUUAUCAAGCUGUUACUAAAAAUAAAUUGUUCAGGAAAAUUUA